CUGUCCCGCCGCGGUUCGCGGCUCCCCGCGGAGGGGCCGACCCCCGGGGCAGGGCAGUGACGUUUUGCUGGUCCCGGCGAUUUAGGGACAAAUAAUUUUCCUCUCGGUGCUCGUUUUCCCCCCGGAGCACCGGGAUUUCCCGAGGGCUGCCCGCUCCAGGCUGGGGUCGCUCCCCGGGGCCGGUGUCGAGCGGGGCAGAGCCGUGAGCGGCCGCCGGGGCCGGGCUGGGGUCUGUCGGCGGAGAAACGCGAGCUCAGAAACAAUCCUGGAGUUUGGGACUUCCCGAGGAGAGGGAAUUCCUCCUGUGACUGAUUCCCGGUGUCCGUGUUGUCGGGGAAUCUGUUCCGAGGCCUUGGCACUCACUCCCGGUAGCGGGACGGAGCCUCCCCGGGAGUUGGGUUGGAUCCCGGUGCACCGGGAAUGCUGCGGGGCUUUCCUGCCUGUGAAAUGGGUACUUGUGACCAGGGAUCUCCGGGUUCCUAAAAGCCUUGCUGUGUCUAAAAGCCUGAAGUCGUGGAGCUGGAAAAUCCAAACUUCCAGCCAGGAUUCUUCGCCCUGAAUCUUUUUUUUUUUUUUUUGGGAAAUGGGAUUUUUAAGCUACUUAAAGGUGGUUUUGUGCUAAAGAAGCUUCUGGAGUGGAGCUGCUGUGGCCACCUGUGGAUGCAGUGUUGGAUGUGUCUGAAGGGGCACAGCUGGAUCCACAGCUGGAUCCAGGCAUCCCCCGGGUGUGCUUCAGCUGGGAGAACCUUGUCUGGUGUGGGCAGGAGCAUCCAAAUCCCACCAGGAUGGAAAAAGGAGCCCAAACCACUUAAAAAUUCAGGACUCUGCUCUUCCUGCUGCCGUAGUAUUGGUUGGUUCAGUUUUCUGUUGGAAUUUAUUACAUUUUCUGCUGGUGUUUGUGCUGAAUCUGUGCCACUCGGCGCUGGGACGUGGCUCUGCUCUCCGUGGGGGAGAUGCUGUGGCACUUCAGCUCUCAGAGUCCUGAGUCACACCCUAAACUCAUCCCUGAAAAUGGAUUGUCCUUGCGGGAGGAGCGCUGGGUUGAAAUAUUCUGGGGAGGAAACGCGCGGAAUUGGCGCUGGAGCUGCCGUGGCCUGGAUUGCAGAGGGGACACUUGGAAUAUCCCCCGGGAUACGGGCAAGGACAGCACGUGCCAGGCCCAGCUCUUGCACAGAACCAGGCUCAGGCUGGAAAUAGGCACGGCCUGCUUCAAGGAGAACUUGGCUCAAAGGGAAUUUCUGUGGUGCAGACGCUGAGAGAGCUGAGUUUGUUGUCAGUGCUUCAUGAGAGAAUCCUGUGAUUUUUGGAGCAGUUAAUAACCAGGAGGGAUAAUGAUGGUGGGACAGAGCCUGGAUUUGAUGGAGCUGCUGUGUUUGUGUUGGAGACUUAUUGGGCUUUUCUCUGUCUCUGGUGGGUUCUUCAGCCCAAAGUUCAGGAUGACCUGGGUGUCCCAGUGCCCAGCUGUGUCUGGAGCACUGGGAAGCAGCUGGAGCUCUGGAAAAAACAGGAUGAAGCUGUUAAUUGAACCACUGAAACUUUACAAAAAUGGGAUGAUUUCCAUAACUGUUGCUUCACUCCAACUCCUGAGCACCAGCGUGGUUUUAGGAUCCCCUUUUCCUUGCUGGAGCAGCUCCUUUGUGGGGUUUAUGUGCUGUCCUUUUGGAUUGUGCUAAAACUCUGCCAGAGAUUCCAGAGCCUGCAGUUCUCAGAAUCUUGGAGAGCUGUUCCUACCAAGCAUGAGGUGCAGCCACAGAGCCACGUCCAGCACUGCCACAGCUGCCUGUGCCCUCUGAUCCCCAAUAUCCCUGUUUUUCCCUGUCAGACUGGCUUCCUUCUGCACUCACAGCACCCCUCCUUGGGGCUGAGGGGCUCCAGGGGUGUCCUGCACCAUCACUUGUAUCAGGAAUAACUGAUUUUUUGUGGAUGAUGAUGAGGAGCUGGGCUGAUUCCCUGGCAGAGGCAGGAGCUGCAGGGUGUGUGUCCCACCCAGCACUUCCAGAUGGAGCUUAGUGACAAGGCACAGGUGUCAGGUCAGGACGGGUGCCGCUAAUCCCAGCGUUAGGUAACCUGCUGGGCCAGCACAGGGAUGUGGGAUGGGAUGGGGGCAGCCCCCACUCUUCUGGGGAGCAGGAGGAAGCCAAAAACCUCCCUCUGGAGCAUCAGGGCAUGCUCAGAGCUCAUGGAGAAGCUCAUUUUUCUCAUUGUUACCCCGACAGAGCUCAGGUUGGAGCUGCUCCCGCAUCCCACGUGCAGGUCCCAGCAUGGCCUUUCCCCUGCUUAGCCCUGAGUGCUGCCAAAUUUCAGGGUUUUGGAGGAAUUUGGGGUUUAGGUGUUUGUUAUGUGCUGGUUUGCCACUUUGCUGCGGGUCCCCGAUGGCGUGUGGGUCUGGCAGGAUUAGAUUUCCCAUGGAUUUAGGCACCUCCUGCCUCACCUGUGGCUCCCUGAGGGUCUGGCUUGGUGUCCCCUGUGUCCCUGUGGGGAAGGGAUGUGGCAGAGGGGCUGGGCCAGGAGCAGAGCCCUGGGAGUGGAGUCCUGGCUCCCAGCUUGGUUCCUGUCCUCAGCAAAACAUCACGUGGCAGAUCCGGGGGAGAGACGUCAGAGUUUGAUGCUCCUAAAAUAUUUCUGGAAGUAUCUUUAUAAACAAAGUGGAGCCACCAGUCAGGCCGACCUUGGGUCAGGAUUUGGCCCUAACAAAGAGAAUUAUUUCCUCUUUCUGCAGCAUGUUCAGCACAAAUGAAAUCUAACAAAUUAAUGGAAUUAAAGCCCCAUAAAUUCCAGUCUGGGACUUUAAAUUGAUCCAGUUUGCUGCUCCACAAUUGGUUCUGGUGAACUGCUUCAAGUCAGCGUUCCCAAUGGUUGAUUUCCCCCAGGAUGGAGCCGAGAGACACUGAGCUCUUGGACCUUGUGUCUUGAAUUCCUCCCUCAGUUUCCUGACUUCUCUGAUGGUGUUGUGGCAGGGAGUGCAGUCCUGCCUGCGGAGGGCUGGGAUGCUCCACGUGCUCCUGGCGAGUCCCUUCCCAAACCUGGCAUGCAACCAUUGGAGUUUCCCUGGGAGAGGCCAUAGGCAGCAAGAGAGAGGAGGCUCCAGGGGGGUUUUAUGACUUUCCCCUUAUUUUGGAUGGACAUUUGGUGUGAAAAGUCUGAAUUCCCGUUAGGAAGGAUUUGCAGGUUGCCAGGAUGGACUAAACCCAGCUUUGCUCCAUUCCCAAAGGUGGAACUGGGCAGAUUCCUGCUGCCUGGAAGGCUGAAGGUUGGUGUCAGCAUUGGGUGGAUCCGUGGGCACUUUGGAAUGGGGCUCUCACUGGGUUCCCACGGGCGUGUGGCCAUGGAAUGCUGUUUGCAUGAAGCUCCAGCUCCUUCUGGUCCCAGCGAGCUGCAGCCCCAGCACCAGGAGCGUUGCUGUGCUCAGUGUGGGGGAUAUUUGUAAAACAUUUGCUGAUGUGUCCUGCAAAGAACUGUUGGGAUCACAGGAACAACGGGGCUUAGUCCUAAAUACAUGUUUUCCACAUAUUUCUGGUUGGAAUGUGCCAGGAACGCUCGCUUUGGAUUACAUCCAGCUGUGCUGCACCCCCAUGCGCUCCCGGGGGCUUUGGGGUGUGCUCAGCGCCUGCUGCAUUGCUGGGGGAUGGAUCUGCAGUUGUGGAUCUCCUGGGGCUUGGAUUUCCUCCCUGGGCUCAUAUUUCCCACCUGUUCUGGAAGGAGGGAAGAGGAGAGAGCAUUUCCCUUCCACAGGGAAAGGAAAUAAUCGAUAACUCUGGGGUGGGGACAUUUCUCCGUCCGAUCCCUCAACAAAUCUCCAACAAUCCGUCAGUGCCUCGUUGGACCCCGAGUUUUCCAUCUGUGUUUUCCCUGGCAUUUUUGUGCACGCGGGAGUUUGGAAUGCCGUGGAUGAGGGGGUGGGAUGUGCUGCUUGUUCCCUCCCCACACCUCCGCCGCGCGUGCUGAGUUUUCAUUUUCGUUGGAAUUCCACACCCACCUGAAGGAAGCUGUUCCCGUUAUCGCAGCCAGUCUCAUCCUGGAGCUGCUCCUUGCUCCGGCAACUCUUGCCAGGGAUUAGAGGAUCCAAAUGUGUGGCUCCUAAUUAGGGAUGUUCCCUAAAUUGGUGGAGUAAGAGCAGGAAUCGCUGCCAAAUCCUGCUCCCGGAAUGCGCCGGGCUCUGGCAUCGCUUCUUCCGACGGAGCUUUUCUGGGAGGAGGAACUUAACAACUCGAUUGUGGGAAUGGUGUUUCUCCAGCAAAGCCAAGAGAUUCCAGGUUAAAGUCUGGAUGCUGGUGUGGAGUUGUGCUGUUAGGGAAUUUCACCCACCUUUAAGGAAAAUCUUGAAAAAAAAUAUUUCAAGGCACCAAGGGGGUUUUGCCCCUUUUUAGGGAUAAUCCUGAAAAAGAGACUUUAUUUUUCGGACAUCAGGAAAACAACCAGAUUGAUGCCGAGGAGCCGAUCCGGUGCCGCUGACUCCGUCUGGCCUCGGCUAUGGACAUCGUCCUGUCGGAUUUUGUUCGCUCGACGGGGGCAGAGCCGGGGCUGGCCAGAGACCUCCUUGAAGGCAAGAACUGGGACCUGAGCGCGGCGCUGAGCGACUUCGAGCAGCUCCGGCAGGUGCACGCCGGGAACCUCCCGCCUUCCUUCAACGAGGGCCGCGGGGCCCGGCCCCCGGAGCGGGAGGUGGCGCGGCCGGCGCGGCCCCCGCUGCAGCGCCAGGAUGACAUCGUGCAAGAGAAGCGCCUGUCCCGUGGCAUUUCCCACGCCAGCUCCACCAUCGUGUCCCUGGCCCGUUCCCAUGUCUCCAGCAACGGCAGCAGCAGUGAGCACCUGCUGGAGAUGCCCAUCUGCACCUUCCAGCUGCCCGACCUCACCGUGUACCCCGAGGACUUCCGCAGCUUCAUCGAGCGGGAUCUUAUCGAGCAGUCCAUGCUGGUAGCACUGGAGCAGGCUGGGCGUCUCAACUGGUGGGUGACGGUGGAUCCCAGCUGCCAGCGCCUGCUGCCCCUGGCCACCACUGGCGACGGGAAUUGCUUGCUCCACGCCGCCUCCCUGGGUAUGUGGGGCUUCCAUGACCGGGAUCUCAUGCUCAGGAAAUCCCUCUACACGCUGAUGGAGAAGGGAGCGGAGCGGGAGGCGCUGAGGCGGAGAUGGCGCUGGCAGCAGACGCAGCAGAACAAGGAGUCUGGCCUGGUUUACACGGAGGAGGAGUGGCAGAAGGAGUGGAACGAGCUGAUCAAGCUGGCGUCCAGCGAGCCCCGCGUGCACUACAGCACCAACGGCGGCAGCUGCGGCGGGGUGGAGAGUUCAGAGGAGCCGGUGUACGAGAGCCUGGAGGAGUUCCAUGUCUUUGUCCUGGCCCACGUGCUGAAGAGACCCAUCGUGGUGGUGGCAGACACGAUGCUGCGGGACUCGGGCGGCGAAGCCUUUGCCCCAAUUCCCUUUGGAGGGAUCUAUCUUCCCCUGGAAGUCCCAGCCAACAAAUGCCACCGGUCUCCACUGGUUUUGGCUUAUGACCAAGCCCAUUUUUCUGCCCUGGUCUCCAUGGAGCAGAAGGAAAACACAAAAGAUCAAGCUGUGAUCCCCCUGACAGACUCUGAGCACAAGCUGCUCCCCGUGCACUUCGCCGUGGAUCCCGGGAAGGAGUGGCAGUGGGGGAAGGACGACAGUGACAACGUCAAGCUGGCCAGCGUGACGCUGUCACUGGAAGCCAAACUGCACCUGCUGCACAGCUACAUGAAUGUCAGAUGGAUCACGUUGCCUUGUGACAUGCAGGCGCCUCUGGCCCAGCCAGAAUCCCCCACGGCCUCCGCGGGCGAUGACGCUCGCUCGGCAGCGGAGUCGGGCGAGUCGGACAAGGAGUCAGUGUGCAGCAGCUCUGCCAGCAACGGGGGCACCAGGGCGGGCAAGGACAGGGAGAAACCAAAGAAAGAGCGGGAAAAGGAGAAGGAAAAGGAUAAAAAACGAGCAGACUCGGUGGCCAACAAGCUGGGGAGCUUCGGGAAGACUCUGGGCAGCAAACUAAAAAAGAACAUGGGGGGCCUGAUGCACAGCAAAGCCGUGAAGGGCGGCGUGAGCAACGGGCAGGGAGACACCCUGGAGAAGAAGAAGAAAGGAUCCCUGAAGGCACAGAAAGACAGCAAAGAGGAAUGUUCCCUGGGAGACCUGGCUCCUGCAGAGAAGCUGUGCACAGGUAAAGCAGCCCCGGAGAAGCCGUCGGAUCCCCACAAGUACAGCAGCGACGUGCGGCUGAGCCUGAGCAUCCUGCGCGCCGCCAUGCAGGGCGAGCGCAAGUUCAUCUUCGCCAGCCACCUCAAGACCAGCACCCGGCACCAGUUCCAGGAGGAGAUGAUCCAGAGGUACCUCCUGGAUGCUGAGGAGCGUUUCCUGGCGGAGCAGAGGCAGAAGGAGGCCGAGAAGAAAGCGCUGGGCAGCGCUGCCCCGGCCAAGAGGCCGGAGGGGGAGGUGGGCGCCCAGCGGAGCGAGGAGGCGAUGCCAAGCCCCGUGUUCUGCCAGCCACCCCCCACCUACCCCCCUCAGCCCCUGGAGCCGGCCGUGGGUGCUAAAACAGCUGCUUUUCCAGCUGGCUAUUCUGGCGUUUUCACCUUCCCCAGGCCCUCCAUGGGCAGCGCUGAGGGGCUGCACCCGCCCGCGUGCCCCGAGGGCCGGCGGCAGCUGGCGGGGGGCCCCUGUGGGAGCCUCCCCCCCUACGCCACCCUGCCCCGGCACCACCAGGGCCGGCUCGGGCCCUGCGCCCCCGGCCCUGCCCAGCUGGGCCGGUUCUCCCCCACGGACACGGACACCCAGGCUCCCUUCCCUUCGCAGUGCGAGGGCUCCGGCUGCCUCCCCCCGCACAGCAACGGCUGCCAGGAGCUCCUCGAGCAGGACAAGGGAGGAACAGUGGAUAAAAUGAGAAGCCAAGCCCUCUACAACAUCCAGCAGACCAAGUGCAAACAGCCCAACUGCAGCUUUUACGGACACCCGGAGACGGGGAAUUUCUGUUCCUGCUGUUACAAGGAAGAGCUGCGGCGCAGGGAGAGGGAGGCUCUGGUGCACAGGUUUUGAUGCUCCCCGUGUGGAUCCGGACCCCUGGCACGUGGGGAAUGCAAUAACGGAGAUCCGUUUUGGUUUUACACCCACCCACGCUCCUCUCCCACUCUGCAGGAGGUGGGAGCAGGCGUUGGGCCUGCUGGGGUGGGCUGGGAGUGGCACGGGGCUGGUGGGAUCGAGAGAGGGGGGAAAGCAGCCCCUGCUUUCCUGGAGCCCCUGCAGAGGAGCAGAAGGAUUCCCAGGGGUGCCUGGGGACAGUGGGGGCUGCUCGGGUUGGAGCACAGGGUGAGGGGGGAGAAUUCCUCAAAAACUCAAUAAACCAGACCAAAGCUUUGGGAGCGGGCAGGGGGAGCAGCUCCCGCCAGGUCCUUCCCGCUUCCCGACCACCUGGGACGGAGCAAAAAUGCCCCAUUUUGAGCGUCACAAACCUUUUAAUGGAGUUUUUUAACACUGGUUUUAUUCUGUAUUUCUUCUUGCUGGUACUGAGCGACACCGUGUUGGAGUUGGACAUUGAUGAGGCGAGGUGGGUUGGACACCCCCCACUCAGUCCUGGAUGAGUCCGAGCACCAGGACAGGCUCAGGGCUCUGUCCCCUCCUCUCCUCCCUCUCAGAGCUGAACUCUGGUUUUAAAAUGUUGUUUCUAAACUCUUCCUGAGGCGGGGGAGCCAGGGGGACUCCCAGAGCUCAAGGGAUUGGAGGUUUCUCUUCCCACACAGAACCCCAGCCCACAGGAGAGCCGAGGCGAGAUCCUGGCUCAGCAUCUCCUGCCAGGAAUUCCCAGUGGCCUGGGGCAAAAACCCCAGGAAUUCCCACUGGAAAGGGGUCCCAAAGCACCCCCAGGCCCGGGGUGGAGCCAGGGGGUCACAGCCCCACGUAACUCCUACUUGAGCACAGCUACUCUGUACUACCUCUGAUCCUGAUUAACUCGGCUCCGUUGUGCUGAGCCACCAACUGACCUUUAGGCUGCGGAAUUAAUCCAUAUUUUUGAUAACAGGGCUAAAAAGCAGAACAAUAAGGUAAAAUCCUCCCGUGACUAACGUCCCACGCCGUUCCUGACCCCAUCCCGGCCCCCUGGCUCCCAGGGUGGGAUUCACUUUAGCACUGCGAUGUUUGCACAGAAUUCCUUGGGGGUUUUUUGGUAACUGCAGCUCCCAAACCGGGCCUGAUCCUGCACGCAGCGAGGUGCAGCAUUUCCUAUCACACGGAAAUAAAACAGGAGUUGUAUCCUUCAGCCAGAGCUUUACAACAUUCCCUCGUUUCUAUUUUUGGGUUGAUUUUUUCCAAAAGGCAUCAAACUAUGCAACCCCUUCCUGCCCAUGGCCGUUUCCAGGAGAAGGGACGAGGCAGAGGAGCUGGAAGUGAGCUCGGGGACUCACACUUGGCCCAAAAAAUGUUAAUUUAGUUAACUUAGACCUAAAACCCCCUGAGUUAAGGCCUUUCCUACACAUAAAUGCUCCCAAAUAAGGCCUUUCCUAGCGGGAUCCCAACACUUCGAGUCCAGCCAGCAACGCUCCUUGUCCGCAGAUUUCCAAAUCCAAAUUUCAGAGACACCCCAGGGAUGGUUUGAUUCCAGUGUAAACUGAUUUCCCUGGUUUUAUAAAACCCCCGAGCGUGGCUGAAGCUGUGGGAAGGGGAAGGUGCGGCACCCACUCCAGCUGGCUCCUCUUGCCUCAGAACUAAUUCCAGGUUUCUCCCUGAACUGCAGGAAUUCCGAUGGACUUUAACCCUGGGGCAGGGGCAUGCAGGGCCGGUUAAGCAGCACAGGCUCUGCCCCUACUUGGUUCACCCUGAAAUUUAAGCUGAGAUGGUUAAAACCCAACCCAAUCCCUUCACUAUUUACAGGCACUUGGUUUAAAUUCCACUUUCUGAUGUUUGUUUUCCCCCAAAUCGGAGCAGCAGCUUUAUUUUGGCGUUGGGGAAUAUCCUCUGGCUGUGCCGGGAGCACCGGGAGCAGGGACGGCACGGGAGGGCAGGGGGGAGGUGAUGCUUCAUCAUCCUCGUUUUGGGGCAAUUUCUCUCCUCUUUGUUAUCUCCACCCCAGUGGAUGCUGGACUUGGGUGAGGAUGGGAAGCCCCCAGAGCUGCUCGCUGGUGUUGUGGGAGGAGAGAGAAGGAGAAGGUAGAAAACCUGUAGGAAAAGCACCAGUCCUGGAGGGAAAACUCCAAAACUGGAGGAGAAGCACCAAACCUGCCCCCAGGAGGGAUUUUUCCAUGGGGACAAGGACGGGGAGAUCGUGGUGUGACCCCAAGGUCAAACUAAGUGCACUUACUGGUGUGGUUGGAAUUCAAAUUGCUGCCAUCGGAUCCUGGUGGAGGAAAACUUUGUCUUUCAGCGUGUGUAAAACCCGUUCAUGAGAUUUGAUUUGAUUUUAUUAAAUGAGAUUCACCUUCGCCAUUCCCUGGCCCCUCAGCGGAGGAGGCCGGGGCAGCUUUGGGUCUCACUAACGCGACACCGAGUGACCUGAAUUAAUUCUGCAGUGGUUUAUUCAUGAAAAACCCUUUUUUUAAUAAUUAUUAUUAUUAUUAAUUCCAGAUUAAUUGGUGAUAUUUGGCCUCCUGGUGAACAGGGCCAGAGCGUUGCACUUGGGCUGUACCUGUGGCCUCGUUGUGGCACCACAGACUCAUUGACAAUAAAAACCUUCAGCUGAUGCA